AUUUGUUAAUCCGAAAAUAAAUGAACAUCAAUUACUCUAUAGCCCAUCUGCACUCUUUCGAUUUACAGAACAUCUCUCUGCCCUAUAUUCACAGCAAUGAAUAGUUUCGAUAAACCACACGUUGUGGCAGUGCCAUUCCCAGCCUUCGGCCAUGCUAUCCCAUUCCUCGACUUAGUUAAGCUUCUUGCCUCCCAUGGCCUCACUGUUACUUGUGUCACCACUGCUGCCAAUGCCGGCCACCGUCUGCAACAGCAAUUGGCCCACGCUAUUUCAGGCGGCCUCGAUAUUCGUGUCCUGGUUCUUCCUACGCCAAGCGUGGAAGGCUUACCAGAAGGAUUAGAGAGCUUCGAUCAAGUACCCACUGAGCAGUGUUAUCUUAUCUUUGAACUGGUUGCUAAGCUUGAAGAGUCCUUCAAUGUCUGGCUGGAGGAUCAACUUUCCAAAGAUUGGCAGCAAGGGACAGGACCUCUUGUUUGUGUAAUGCAUGAUGUGAUCUUGGGAUGGACCAUGGAGGUACCCCGGAAGCACAAUAUCCCCAUAGUGGUGUUCGAUACGUACGGUGCAUUUGGGCUCAGUGUGCUGCAUUCUGCAUGGCUUUCCUCUUCGCGGAACGUAGUGGAAAAGGAAGGAGAGAGUAUUGUUCUGAGCUUGGAUCUGCCCAGAACUCUGAGAUUAGAUAAACAUGAGAUAGACCCUUUUUUGUUUGAGCCCUCGAUUAUUGCGUUUAUGGGACGCUUAGAGUCAGUUUAUGAAAGUUCUGGAAUGUUGGUAAAUACAUUUGAGCAGUUGGAGCCUGAAUAUCUGCAACAGUUGAGAAAGAGAACAGGGAAAAAGGUGUGGUCCAUAGGCCCACUGCUCCCAGCGAAUGUUUUUAGUGGGGCAGUGAAGACAUCUGCCCGAGGCAAAAUGACGGACAUUAGCGAAAAGGAGCUGUUAGAAUGGCUGGAUUCUCAGAGCCCAAGCUCUGUUGUGUAUAUUUCAUUUGGAAGCCAGGUUUUCUUGUCAGAAGAACAAAGCAAGGCCUUGGCAAGUGGUCUGGAAGCCACCGGACAGCCCUUCAUUUGGGUUAUCAAAGCGUGCCCAAAGAUCGAACCCGGGACGUCUGAUAGACCAUUAGAUCCGCCUUGCAUGUAUCUUCCUGAGGGCUUCAAAGAGCGCACAAGGAACAGAGGGCUGGUCAUAUGGGGUUGGGCACCGCAGCUUCUUAUUCUUUCACAUCCGUCUCUGGGCGCGUUCAUGAGCCACUGCGGGUGGAAUUCUAUGCUUGAAAGCGUCACUUUUGGUGUCCCGUUGAUCACAUGGCCUAUGCAUGUAGACCAACAUUUCAAUUCCAAACUGGCUGUCAAGUUAGGGAUAGGAAUCCAAGUGUGCGAGAACAGAGGUAGUGUUCCAGAGAAGCAACGAGUGGAGGAGGGUGUGACACGUGUGUUUAGCAGAGGCGAGGGGACAGAGAUGAAAAGUGCUGCAGAAAAGUUGAAGCACAUGGCAAGAAAAGCAGUUGCAGAUGGAGGAACUUCCAAUGCAAAUCUAAAAGAUUUUGUGAGUGAUAUGUUUAAGUUGCACAAGGGAAGAAAAGGUGUUGCCUGUGGGGAUUCUCGAAAGCUCAACUGCAAGAAGAUUUUGGGAAUAAAAUCCAUAAGCUGAGCAUCUCCGAAGCUACCUGGAGGUUUCCAUUAUGAUUUGUGGUUGAAGGUUUUUUAAGUCUGUGUCUGGUUAUCAAUGGCAGUGAUUUAAAAUUACGGAGUUCUCAUGGUUUCCGAAAUCUUAUUGUUUUUUAUUGGUUUUAUUGAAGAAGAAGAUUUAGGAAAAGAACAUGUUUUUAUUGUUUUGAUUAGGUAAGUGCGGGAAAGGACCUGGAUCUAUUAUAAAGCUGUCAUCAAAAGACAAAAACAUAGUUUCUAGUUUCUUGUUUUUUGUUUUUUGUUUUGUUGUUUGUUAUUGAUAUUGAAGAAGAUAUAAGAAAGAACAUGUUCUAUUGUGUUUUGUU